AACAGGUCAAGCACUCGAUAGGAUUCUUGUGGUUGGCAAUUCUGGGAUUGGAAAUUCGGUGUAUGGGUGAUUUUUGCAUCUGCUGUACAUGACGAAGCACAAUGACUAUUGUCAGCUUAAAACCAGUAGUGUACUUCUCUUGGAACACUGAUCGUUACAAGAGCUCGCUUUCGUGGUAUUCUGGAAGGACCUACGAUGGAUUUUUUAUGGAAAUGAAGCCGGUAAAGCAUUGCCACUAGCUAAUUCUGUAUGAGAGCUCUCGAAGAAAGCGAUUUCGGAACUGUCACGCGACAUGGUCCAUUGAAAGCUGUUCAGAAAUCAUCGGAAAUAUACGACAGUUUCACUGUUCAAUCCUACACAAACGAGGAUGGGAAGAAUUGUAGAACGAAAGUUGAUAUCAAGGUGACGCAGUAUGUUAAAAAGAUUGUUCAGCAACAACUAACGAUUUAAGAAUCAUCUGGGAUCACGCUUGCUCUGAGGCCCAAAAGAACUCGACGUAUCCGAGUUCGAUACAAUUCUGUGAGCAGAUUUUGCACAUACGUCCAAUGAAAAGUUGACUUUGGCAUUGCGUGUUUGAGAAGUUGCGCAAAGAACGCAACGCUGCAAAUGGGUAAUUGCUAACAGGAAAAGAGUAUGAUAGUGAUAAUCAAAAAUCAGUAUUUAUGAAAUUUGGG